UUUUGAUCUCGAUACUAGUUGCAUAUGUUUAUAUAUAAUGGGUAGUGCAAGACAAAGUGAUAUAUUUUUUUUUCAUAUGAGGCAUCCCAACUUUAGAAAUGCACUUAAAUUUUCAACAUAGUAUUACACUCCUGUUAAGACAUUCGGAAAAUAUAUUUAUGAUUCUAAUAAUAUUUUACCUCUAUAAUCUGCCGAUUCAACAAUAUCCUAGAUGUUUAAGACGUAAGGUUAACCAAAAUCAGCUUUACUAGUAGAGGCUUUCUCGGGGUUGUGUCGGGAGAACAUCCGAC